GAGGUGGAGAAAAUGUUCACACUCAAAGGAAGCCUCUUGCCAGCAGCCGAUGUCAAGAAUAUCAAUUUUUUCGUCAGACCCUGGCUAGAACUGAUGGAUAUAAUGGCUGAAAAUGUGCUUAGUGAAGACAGAUGUGGCCCCACAAGAGAUUUUCACAUCUUGUUUGUGCCUCGGUGUCGCCUGCUGUGUGAGCAGCGGCUGAAGGACCGGGGCGUUCUGGGCUCCUUCAUCCACAGGGAGGAGUACAGCCUGGACCUCAUUCCCUUCGACGGGGACCUUCUCUCCAUGGAGUCGGAGGGUGCCUUCCGAGAGUGCUACCUGGACAGCGACCAGACGAGCCUGUACCACGCGGCCAAGGGCCUGAUGACGCUGCAGGCCCUGUACGGGACCAUCCCCCAGAUCUUCGGCAAGGGCGAGUGCGCCAGGCAAGUGGCCAAUAUGAUGAUCAGGAUGAAGAGAGAGUUUACAGGAAGCCAGAAUUCCAUAUUUCCUGUUUUUGAUAACCUCUUGUUGCUUGAUCGAAAUGUGGAUUUAUUAACGCCCCUUGCGACUCAGCUGACAUACGAGGGACUCAUCGAUGAAAUUUAUGGCAUCCAGAACAGUCAUGUAAAGCUGCCACCCGAGAAAUUCGCCCCGAAGAGGCAGGGUGACGGGCAGGACCUGCCCACAGAGGCCAAGAAGCUGCCUCUGAACUCAGCCGAGGAGCUCCACGCCGAGAUCCGAGACUGCAACUUCAACGCCGUGGGCGCCGUGCUCAGCAAGAAGGCCAAGGUCAUCUCGGCUGCCUUUGAGAUGACUGGGGCCUGGGGCCAGGAAAGGCACAAGACGGUGGGCGAGAUCAAGCAGUUCGUCUCCCAGCUACCCCACAUGCAGGCAGCCUGGGGCUCCCUGGCCAACCACACCUCCAUCGCCGAGCUCAUCCAGGACGUGACGACGUCUAAAGACUUCUUUGAUCAGUUAACCGUGGAGCAGGAGUUUAUGUUCGGAAUAGACACCGAUAAGGUCAACAGUUACAUGGAGGACUGCAUCGCCCAGAAGCAUCCACUCAUCAAGGUGCUCAGGCUCAUUUGCCUGCAGUCGGUGUGCAACAGUGGGGUCAAGCAGAAGGUUCUGGAUUAUUACAAAAGAGAAAUUCUCCAGACAUACGGCUACGAGCACAUCCUGACGUUACAGAACCUGGAGAAGGCCGGGCUGCUGCGGCCCCAGCAGGGGGGCAGGAACAGCUACCCCACCAUCUGGAAGACCCUGCGCCUCUGGAUGGACGAUGUGAAUGAGCAGAACCCCACGGACAUUGGCUAUGCCCCUGUCAGCAUGUGGCUGGCCCAGCUGCUCUCCUGGACUGGUUGGCGCAGAAUCGAGGAAGUUCUGAGCAUUCUCCCGGGCCCCCACUUCGAGGCGCAGCCGCUGCCCACGUGCCUGCAGAAGAAACGUAGACCCGGAGAGGCACGGGUGUUACUCCUGACUGUGCAGCCAGGUCCUCCAUCUCCUCCUCUGCAAGCCAGCCUGGAGGAGAAUCUGGCCGAGGGUGUCUCCUUGCUCAGGGGAGAAAAUGCCUCUACCAAGUCCUUACAUUCAGUUUUUCAGUCCCUGGAAUCUGACAAGGUGAAGCUGGAGCUCAAGGUCAAAAUCUUGGAGCUUCAACUCAAAGAGAAUAAAAGGCAGCUCCAGAGCUGGUCCCUGCUCCGGGAAGACCAGAAAGGAUUUUUCUGGGGUCUUGUCGGGAAACCACGCGGUCCCUUUGGUGCCCGCUCGCGGGGCAUCGCGGGGCAUCGCGGGGGCUCAGAGUGGCCCUUUGUGCAAGUGCAGGCGGGGCAGCGCGAGGACGCGCAGGGCUGA